AACCGCAUGCACGAGUCCCUCCACCUCUUCAACAGUAUAUGCAACCACAAGUUCUUCGCCGCCACCUCCAUCAUCCUCUUCCUCAACAAGAAGGACCUUUUUGAGGAGAAGAUCAAGAAAGUUCACCUCAGCAUUUGCUUCCCAGAGUACGACGGUCCCAACACGUUCGAGGACGCCGGGAACUACAUCAAGAAUCAGUUCCUGGAUCUCAACAUGAGGAAGGACGUGAAGGAGAUCUACAGCCACAUGACCUGUGCCACAGACACACAGAACGUCAAGUUCGUCUUUGACGCCGUCACGGAUGUCAUCAUCAAAGAGAACCUCAAGGACUGUGGCCUCUUCUGA